AUGUCUGAAGAAUCUGCAACUAAUGGAGGUGUUUUGAGCAAAAAUCAGCAAUCAAAUGAUGGAGGUAUAUCUGAUCCUUAUUUCAUUGUAACAUCUGAUAAUCCAACUUCAUCACUUGUUUCUACGGUAUUUUCUGGAACAAAUUUUGUAAGAUGGCGUAGAAAUGUGAAACGAGGAUUAAUUGCCAAAAAUAAAGAAGGUUUUAUCAAUGGUGAGAUUGUAAAACCUGAUGUAGUAAGCAAGGAUUAUCAGAAAUGGAAACGUGCAGAUUUUAUGGUGGUAAGUUGGAUAUUAAGUUCUAUGAGCUCAGAAUUGGCUGAUGAUUUUGGAUAUAUUGAAUCUGUUGUAGAUCUUUGGAAAGAAUUAAACGAAAGAUUUGGUCAAACUAAUGGACCAUUAGUUUACCAAUUAAAGAAGGAGAUAGACAAUUUGAAACAAGAAAAUAUGACUAUAGUGUCAUAUUAUGGAAAAUUGAAGAAACUUUGGGAUGAGAUGCAAUGUUUACGUGUCUUUCCUUCUUGUUCUUGUGGUGUUUUGAAGAAUUGUAGUUGUAAUUUUCUCAAGAAGGUUGCUGAAUUUGAAGAUGAGGAUAAAAUGAUGAAGUUCUUGCUUGGAUUAACUAGUGGAUUUGAUAAUACAGUAACGAAUGUGUUAUCUAUGGAUCCUUUACCAAGCAUUAAUAGAGUAUUUUCAAUUGCUCAGGAAAUUGAAAAACAGAAGGAAGUUAGUGGUGUUGUUAUUGAAAGCAAUGCUUUAGCAGCACAGGUUUAUAGAAAUAAUCCAAGGAAUAAUCAAGGAAGAAGAGAUUGGAGAGAUGAGAAAAAGGACAAGAUGCAUAAACAGUGUACUCACUGUAAAGGUAAAGGACAUACCAUUGAUCAAUGCUUCAAGAUCAUUAGUUAUCCUGAAUGGUACAAUGCCAUUAAAGCUGCAAAGGAAGGUCAUAAUGGUGCUGUUGGGAGUAAGAGUAGACUGGUGGCUAAUGUUCAUACUGAAAACAAUUAUUAUGCUGAUGAACCUCUUGCUGAUUCCACUGAAGACACUAGCCUGAAUACAGACAUGUUAAAUGCCAUUUGUCAAGAAGUUAUGAGAGCUAUGAAAGGGAAACAAACACAAUCUGGUGGUGAUAUCAAGAACAAUCAUUCUUUAGCCAAUUUUGCAGGUAUUAUGUCAUAUUCUUUUAAUUGUCAUAUGAAUAAAUUAAAUGAAGAUUGUCUAUGGAUAGUAGAUUCUGGUGCGUGUGAUCAUAUGACAUAUAAUGAUAGUUGGUUAAUGAAUAAAAGAAGACUUAAUCUACCUGUGAAAGUGGGAUUACCUGAUGGAAGCUGGAAGAGUGUGGAAAUUAUUGGUGAUGUGAAUUUGAGUGAUACAUUGGUGUUAAAAGAUGUUAUGUUGAUUAAGGAAUUCAAGCACAAUCUAUUAUCUAUUGGUAGAUUGAUUGAACAAAAUAACAUUUCAGUGCAAUUUACAAGUACUGGCUGUUAUUUCCAGGACCUCAAUAAAUCAAUUGUUCUUGGUGCUGGUACAAGAGAACAUGGUUUAUAUUACUUUGAUAGAUGCAAGAGCCUGAAGAUUGCUCAAAGACAGAUGCAAGGUGACACUGUUGUCUGUAAUACAGUGGUAAAGGAUGUAUAUAGUGAUAGUAAAAUUGAUGAUGUGGUUUGUAUGUUGCCAAAUAAAACUGCUACUAGUAUAACUCAGAAUAAGAAUGGAAGUAGACACACAUUGGAUUUGAUGCAUGCUAGGCUUGGUCAUGCCUCUCUCUAA